AUGGGCGGAAGUGCGUUUGAGCCCAAGGAUGAUACUUCUGGGUAUCGCGGGUGGGGUACCACAUCUGCAGGCCGGAAAGCAUCGACCAACCUUUCAAGCAGCGCUGGGGUCGGGCUAGCCAUGUCUGAGGCUGGAAGCGCGCCUGGAUAUCACCAUGCCACUACUCCAAGUGACGGAACUAUUCAGUACUCCGAGGGCCAGGGUACUUUAGGGGAGACUGAACCGAUCGGUGUCCUUGGUGCUGCUCCAGCAGCCGCGACAAACACCCGGAACGUCGAUAUCCAUCGUGGUCCAUCAAACGCCUCAUCUGCAUACUCUGCAGCCAACCGAUCGGAGGCCUCGGACGAAAGCCAUAUGUCCACUACACACCCUGCCGGUGGCUUCUACGAUGAUAAUCCAUAUUAUAGCGAUAUUCAACCGCAGUAUGGGGCUUAUGGUGACGGUCCGUAUGGCGGUGCCCCUCCCGUCAUUCGAGAUGUUCAAGCACGGCGUAACACCCGCAUUGAAAACCCCGCUGUGUUUCCCCGCCAAGGAAAUGCCGGUAUUGCCCAGAAUUUCUAG